ACAUAACUCUCAGAAUAAAACCAAACUUAAGAGAUCCAUGUCAUCAAAGUCGUACGUUGCACGACGAUCCACGAGCCCACCAAGACUUGAUGGGAAAAAGUUAAUAUCAAAAAUUAACAAGAGGACAGAAAAAAAUCAAAUAUCAAACAGCCCACCAAAACACCACUCUAAGCCCAUACUCCUAGACGCAACACAGGUCAAGGUCAGGCUUUUCCCCAAUAAAUCUAUUAACAAGCUGAAAGUAGGCGAUCGUAUGAAAUCCUCUCAUUGUGAGUCUAAGCUCAGCCCACCCCUUCAGACAGAAACGCGCAGCAGAAACCGUAGUCACUCAAAUAAAUGCUCAUUCAGCGAGUGCUCUUAUACUGGCUCUGAAACUGCUCGGAGGUCCUCUUGUAAUAAGUCGAUAGCCAGUGCCAAAAGUCGAUUUAAGAAAUACGCUUACAAGAGCGUGACCCCUUUUCCCAUUUUCAGUAUGGCGUCGCACACAUCCGGGAGUACUCUCAAAAUGACGUCAUCUUCCGAGCGAUUUCUUAACGUCUCGAGAGUCAACAAAAGCCUGAAGGAGAAUGACGUCAAAGGGGCGUGGUCGGAAUCGGGAGGACACAUCGGGCGUAAAAAAAACAAAGAGGUUACGACCGGCGCCACAGACAGAUCGAGAGG